AUAACGAAAUAGGGUUCAUCCACAGAGGUUUAAGGCUUGAAACUGGAAAUUAAAAGAGAGAGAGAGGCGAAUUGGAAGAUUAAGGUGUAAAGCAGGAAGGGAGGAAGAAAUGGGAAGCGAAGCGAAGGCGAGUAAUGGAGGAGGGUUUAGGUCAAAAAUCGAACAUGUUCUUUACAGCGGUGAGAAGAAGCACGUCUUUGCAGGGAUCGUCAUCGUUGGAGCCAUCUUUUCUGUUCCAUGGUUCUUUAUGACCCGAGGAAAUAAUAAACAUCAGUCUCAUCAAGACUAUAUGGAAAAGGCCGAUAAAGCAAGGAAUGCAAGACUUAGAUCUGCGCCAACACCACCAUCAUCAUCAACCCAAUGAAUUCACCAAAUAUCUUUUCGGGUUUUUGUUAAUCUGGUUCCUUUUUCUUUUGCACUCUAAGAAGGCCACAAACCCCCUCAUUCAAUUUCAGAAGAGGAAUUGUUUUCUUUCAUGUUUUCAAAGUUCAGAAUGUUAUAAUAAAAUGUCAUACAACAGUUUGUUCACAAAA